AUGAAAGCUUCACCGUCGCCUGUGGAAAAGCCGAAAAAGCGGACAAGAAGGGUUUUUUCAUCUUACUCAAGUUGAAACUACAAGAUUUUCCCAGGAAAGGAAAGACAAAACUAUUAGAAGCAUGAGCGAGGAGACGGUGGAGAAUGAAGAUAAAGCCAAAAAAGAUGGAGAAACGAAAAAUGGGGAGAAGAAAAGCAACGAGAAAAUAAAAACGCCUUCGAAAAAUCCUUACGAAAACAUCGUGGUGAGACAUACGACCCAUUUGAAAUUUUUAGAAUUCUAAAAAAAAGCUUGAAAUGUUCAACUAUUGUGAAAGCAAAAGCGCUGAAAAGUUUAGUGGUGUUUGCUUUUCGGACAUUGGUAACGCGAAAGUGCUUCGAACGCUUCUGGGCAAUUCUAGGGGUUACUUAAGAGUUGUGGUGCUACUAAAGUGGUCACUAGAAACUCCCAGAAUCGUCCGUUCGAGUCCAAUGUCCGAGUUAUUAAUAAAAUUACAAAAAAAUAACAGCUUUUUUUUCCUUUUCUUGCUGAUAAACGAUAUUUAUUGAUUUUAGAUAGAAAUUUACAGAUGCCAACACCAAGUGCAAGGAAGAGACGGGAAGAGGAACUGGAAAAAGAGAAAAAAAGAUUAAUCGCUAUUGGAUUCUACCAGGUUUGCUAGCAAUCAAGUAAGUUACAAAUCCAAUUAUGUUUUCAGCCGAGGUCCGACGAGGACGACACCUUGGAAAAGAUCGCAAGCUUGAAAGAAGAUCCGUCGGCUCAUGAUAAAGUGAAUGAGGCGAAAGGGAAUGAAAAGAAAUAG